AUGAACUCCUCAAUGAAUGAGUCAGACUGCCCAGAGAUGAGUUUUCCUGUCUCUGUCUUCUUCACCAUUGGGGUAUUCAGUCUGAUGGAGAAUCUCUUGGUUGUGGUGGCUGUCAUAUACAACAGAAAUCUCCACUCACCUAUGUACUGCUUCAUGUGCAGCCUUGCAGGCUUCAACACCGUUGCAAGCCUCACUAAAAUGUGUGAGAACGUCCUGCUUGUUUUCGCAGAUAAGGGGCAACUUGAGAAGGAAGGUUUCUCUGAGACAAAGCUCGAUGAUGUGAUAGACUCACUGCUCUGCAUGUCUUUUAUGGGUUCAAUUUUCAGCUUCCUGGCCAUUGCUGUGGACCGGUACGUGUCAAUAUUCCAUGCCCUUAGAUACCACAACAUCAUGACAAUGCGGCGCACAGGGACCUGCUUAGUCAUCAUCUGGACAGCAUGUGGGGUGUCAGCUAUGUUGAUGGUGAGGUUCUUCGACUCCAAGUUCAUCAUGAUCUGCUUUGCUGCCCUAUUUCUUAUCUGCUUCACUGUUAUCUGCUUUCUGUAUGUUUAUAUGUUCCUGUUGGCGCGUCUUCACGCCAGGAAGAUAAAUGCUCUGAAUUCAGGUGGCAGUGAAAAAUGUCGCCUGAGGUGGUGGGGUAGCAGUAUGAGAGGAGCCUUAACACUUACUAUUCUAUUUGGAGCAUUUGUUGUGUGUUGGGCACCUUUUUUCCUCCACCUCAUUAUCAUAGCAGUGUGUUCCACUAACCCAUAUUGUGAGUGUUACAGAUCGUUCUUCCAGCUCCACGUUCUGCUACUUAUGAGCCACGCCAUUAUUGAUCCUGCUAUCUACGCCUUCCGCAGUGCAGAGCUCAGGCACACAUUUAGAAAAAUGCUCAUUUGUUCAUAA